AUGAGGACCUCCGCCUGUGCUCUGAUUGCAUCGUCCAUCUUAACGUACACUACAGUAUCAUUGGCUUACGCGUGGGGAUCUGCCUCCCUUCUACACACUCUUUACUUCAUCAAUAAUGACCCCGCCGGGAACUAUGUUGUAGCCGCUAGCAUUGACGCCAAUGGACUGCCCACUGGUUCCAGCGCGACGCAUGCAGGAGGCGUAGGGGUGCAUGGCAUGGGCUCUUUCGGUCUAGGCCCUGAUGGCACCUUCUCGCAAGGCAUCGUCCAGGUACACCAAGAUAACGACUGGCUAGCUACAGUCAACACCGCGAAUCAUACCGUUGUCCUCUUUGGCAUAGACCCCUACGAUCCGUUACGCUUGACGAUGAUUGGGAAGCCCGUCUCGACUCAAGGCGAUUCCCCCAACUCUGUGGCGUUCAACGAUGCUGGCAACAGGCUUUGCGUGCUCAAUACGGGAACCACCAACGGCAUAGCGUGUUUCGAUGUUACCAAGACCGGCCUUGUACUCCAGGAGGAAUCCGUUCGGAGUCUUGGACUUGCCCUUCAAACUGUACCUGCGACCGGCCCUUUCAAUACUGCCUCCCAGAUCGUUUUUACGCGGGAUCAAAAGAACAUACUCGUCGCUGUGAAAGGCACGCCAACCGAGCCUGGAUUCUUCGCCGUGUGGCCGAUCAAUGAGUCCACUGGUCAACUCGCAGAGGAGUAUACGCGCAUCCCAGCACCACCUGGAGGAGGCUUACCUUUCAGUCUUAAGCCGAUCCCGGGUACAGAUUCGUUCGUAGGAGCAGACUUCGCAAUUGGAUACGAUAUUAUCGAGUUCAACAAGGGGGCUACUGACUUGACUGCACGCACGAAGGCGCUCCCUAUUGAGGGUCAAGUCGGCGCGUGCUGGAGCACGUACAGCGCGGCGCGCGAUAGUUACUAUAUCGUCGACGUCGCGGGCGUCGUAACCGAAGUCAAGGUUGAUACCCAGCUCAGGACGUCGACCGUUAACAACUUCACUGUCCCGGCUCCUCCGAUCGACUCGGUCGCCCUUGACAUCGGCAGGAAGAGCUACUUCUACACGCUCCUCCCCACGUUGCCCGGUCUCGGCGUCUGGGAUCUUGACGCGAAACCAGCACCAGAGAUGGCAUCAAUAGUCAGCCUCGCCACUCUGACUCAGGACCUCGUACCGCUGACUCCUGGAUACGUGCAAGGUAUGGCUGCAUAUACGCACAAGGUCUGA